AACAAUUGCUAUAAUCAUGAUUCUGUACCAUUGUACUUCUGUCCACAGUCAACCGUUAAUUCUGUCAAGUUAUCGGAGGUUUCAGCUGAUGAGAUUUGCAAUAGAGGAAAUCAAUAACUCCACCAGCCUGCUGCCAAAUGUGUCUCUUGGCUAUGAAAUAUUUGACCACUGCUCUGACACGCAGAAUAUUCCAAAUAUUUUAAAUCUCAUGUCUGAUGACGGCAGAAUCCAACCUUGGAGCGACUCAUACAAGAACUUAUCCAAACUGAUAGCAGUGGUUGGCACAUAUACAAGCACAGAGACACGAACUGUUGCUCCGUUCUUCAUGAUGGAUCGCGUCCCUAUGAUCAGUUAUGGAGCUUCUAGUUCCAUCUUCUCAAGAAAAAAGGAUUUUCCCUCCUUUUUACGAACACUGCAUCCCAAUCAAGAUGUCAUAAAAAUGGUUGUAAAGAUUUUACAAUAUUUCGGCUGGCGCUGGGUUUCUUUCCUCUAUAUUGAUGACGAUUAUGGAAGUGAUGGCCGUUACUUGUUUUUAAAAGAGAUAAAUGACACUGACAUCUGUCUGGCCUACAGCAAAGGCCUUGACGACAACACAGAUUACCAUAAAGUUUUGAGACAGAUAGAGUUUCUUGGGGUAAAUGUCGUCAUUGUUUUUGCUGCUGAAUGGACCGCUGAAAGGCUCAUUAGGUCAGCAAUACAACAUAAUAUCAACAAGGUGUGGAUAGCAGGGGAUGGCUGGUCCUUGCACAAAAAGCUUCCCAAAGAAAAAGGAAUUGAAAAAAUCGGAACUGUGCUUGGAGUUGCUGAGCGUAUCGUGCCAGUACCAGGUUUCAGGGAUUUCCUUCAUUCUUUCAAAACCAAGAUUUGGUAUGGAGAUGUAGAACAGACAUCUUGUAAUCAGAAUUGCAGCUGCAGCAGUGUGACUGCUGAAGAUGUUAUUGCUGCAGACCCCUCUUUCUCUUUCCCUGUGUAUGCUGCUGUAUAUGCCAUCGCUCAUGCCUUACACAAUGUCUUGCAAUGUGGAGCUGGCAGAUGUAACAGAAGUAUUACAGCACAUCCUCAAAUGGUAAGUAUGGAAAAUAAUUAUUUCAUUUAAUGUGCUAUCGCCAUCUACUUAUUCACAAGGUGGUAAAGGUCAGCAGCUAGUACUCAAACCUUGUAUGGGCUUGUCUGUGGACAGGGUGUUAUGCCUGUUCUGGCACGAGCUUUAUCCGGUACUCUGACUUCUUCCUUUAGUUGGGUUGAGUGAUUCUAAAUUUUCUGCAGGAGUGAGGUU